CGAAGUUAGCCACCGUCGUUGUCAUCACGACGCAUAGAUUAGCAGCCAAUAGAUUCACUGCUGGAAAAAUUAUUAAGUUUUGAUUUAUAAAUUACGAUUGGAUACAAGUUUCCUUAAUAAAUCGAAUAGAAUGUCUAAAGACGCUAAUCCUAAGGAAGCUGUUAUAAAGGCAGCGUAUGCCGAUGUAAACAAGUUUGGUCAGAAUGGAGAAUUCGACAAGGCGAUGAAAGCUGUGAAUAGAAUUCUUGGAGUUACACCUGAUGACCAAACUGCCUUACACUGCAAAGUAAUAUGCCUUAUUCAGGUCUCCAAAUUCGAAGAAGCCCUUAAGUUCAUCGAUAAGAAUAAACUCUCAUCGAAUUUGAUUUUCGAAAAGGCUUAUUGCGAAUAUCGCCUCAAUAAACCCGAAAAUGCAUUGAAAACAAUUGAUGAAGCUCGCUUGCCUUCCUUGCCACCCAAUCUCAAAGAGUUGCGCACUCAAGUUUUGUACCGUUUGGAACGUUUCGAUGAGUGUUUCGAAUCGUAUAAAGAAAUCAUUAAAAAUACCAACGACGACUAUGAAGAUGAGAGGCGUACCAACUUGAGUGCCGUGGCGGCCAAUUUGGCUUUGGACGAAUCAAAGGAUAUACCAGAUAUACCCGAGGAGACUUAUGAGCAAAACUUCAACGGUUCAUGCAUUUUAUCAAAUCGUCAGAAGUUUGCUGAGGCUGAGAAGAAAUUGAGGCUUAGUGAAAAGCUAUGCCGUGAAACACUGGAGGAAGACGGUGCAUCCGAGGAGGAAAUACGCGAAGAGUUGGAUGUUAUACGAGUUCAAAUUGGCUAUUGCAUGCAAAUGCAAGGCAAAACCAAGGAAGCUGCUUCCAUUUAUGCUGAGGUUUUGAAAAACAAACCGAAGGAUCCAGCCUUAGUGGCUGUAGCUAGCAACAACUCGGUAGCCAUAAACAAGGAUCAACAUGUUUUCGAUUCCAAGAAAAAGAUACGCUUGGCUUUGGCUGAUGCUUGCGAGCAUAAAUUGACUUCGCGUCAAAAGAAGGCCAUUGCUUUGAAUAAUUGCCUUUUGGCUUUGUUUACCAAUUCCGGUGAUCAGGUGCAACAGUUUUGCACAAAGUUGGCUAGUCAAUAUCCAGAUUUGACUUUCCAAACACUGUUGAUUAAGGCCACUCAAAUGGCCAAGGACAAAAAGCACAAGGAGGCUGUGGAUUUAUUGCAGAAACAUGCCUCGAAUACUAAGGAUGUGAAUGAGGCAUUUGCCACAAAAUUUGCCAUUAUUCAAUUAAUGCUGACACAAGGCGAUCGCAAAGGAGCUGUGGAUGUUUUCUUAUCAUUGGGCGAGUCCAAAUACAAACCGGGUGUUGUUUCGGCUUUGGUCACCUUGUACUUGGGUUUGAAUAAUAAACCGGCGGCCUCAGAAUUGUUAAAAUCUGCCGUUGACUGGUAUAAGAAGAACAAUGUCAGCAGUGCUGAUUUGUCCGAUAUGUGGCGUCAGGCUGCAGAAUUCCAUUUGCGUGGCGGAGCUACUGAGACCGCAGCCAGCUCUCUGGAAGAGUUGCUUAAAUUGAAACCAAACGACAUGAAGGUUUUGGCUCAGUUGGUCAUUGCCUAUGCUCAAUUUAAUCCCAAGAAGGCUUUGGAGGUCAGCAAGAAAUUGCCAAAAUUGGAAACCCUAACAACUACCUCGGAAAUUGAUGCCUUGGAAGCUGCCAAUUGGGUGAUGUCCACGAAAGCGGCUAAGAAAUCGGCCAAUGCUAAAAUUGAAAUGUCUCCAGGAACACCAGUCGUCGAGCGUAAGAAAAACAACAAGCGUAAACGCAAAGGUAAACUGCCCAAAAACUAUAAUGCCGAAGUGGCUCCGGAUCCAGAAAGGUGGCUGCCUAAAUAUGAGCGCACUGGUUAUCGCAAGAAGCGUGAUCGCAGAACUAAAGAAGUUAUUAAGGGCUCUCAAGGCAUGUCCUCGCAAGCAGCGGAUCAAUAUGACAUGUCUAAUCGUGCCAAUUUGGGUAAAAAUUCUCCUGCUACUCCGGUGUAUCAGGAACCUACACCAGGUCCUCGCCAGCAACAUCGCAAAGGAGGUCACAAGAAGAAGAAGGGCAAUCGUUUCUAAACUGUAGUCCCCUGCUGCCACGAUAUAUCAGGAACCACACCAGGUCCACGCCAGCAACAUCGCAAAGGAGGCCACAAAAAGAAGAGCAAUCGUUUCUAAACGGUAGUCCAACUGUGGUGUAGAGGCAUUUAAUAUUCAUCAAAUUUCCAGCGCUCUUUUUAAAUAUUUUUGUUUGUUUUAUUUUGAAAUUAUUUUUUAUUGCUAUAUUUUAAAUAAAAAAUAUAUAUUUUGCAUUUGAGAAACUUUUAAAA